AUGUACUAUCUCACCCUGCUAGAGAACAAUUACCAACGAUCCAGACGAAAGAGGGGCACCUAUCAGGGCGACGAUACUCACAACAGCGACGCUCCCAACGCAGACGAGCAGCCCGGUCGAAAGGCGCGACGAAGCGAUCAGGUCGAGGUUGUUGCUGAGGAUGUGCAUGUGAUGUUCUAUCGGGGGAACAGUUCUCGGGCUGUUGGCGUCCUCCGAGUCUCAUCUUUCAUAGGCGAAGGUGCUAGACUCGUGGAGGAAGGGAAGGUCCCAACUUCAGCCACAUCGCUCGAUCGAUGCCAUGCCAUCAUAAAGGUGCAAUGUGGCUUUGAUGAGCAGUCUGAGGUUCUCACAGCAGUGAUACCCACAAAGAAGACAAAGGAUCGUCUUGAAAUCAGGGAACAGCGCCAGUUCGUGGUAGCAUUACAGGACGGUCGCCAAGAUGGUGAUUGCCCUCAUGUGAUUAUGGAUAAAGAUUCUGUUAACAUACAACGAGGCCCUACUCGACCCGUCAAAUUAUCCAUGAGUCCAUCCCCUCCGAACGCGGGUCCUUCCCGCACGCGAAGCGAUCGCCAACCCGAUCCUGAUCCUCCUACGUCUAUGAACGCACAGAGCAGGAAGGCCCGGAGCUCGCGGUCGUCGGGCCUGCCUGGUGAAUAG